AUGUCGCGGCCGGCCAUCGACAAGUAUGGCAAGCUCGGGGACCAGGCAUUUAGCCGGAUGGAGAAGGUCAACGCCGACCUCUUCCUGCUGACCUACGGGUCCCUGGUGACGCAGCUCCUCAAGGACAUGGAGGACGCAGAUGCUGUCAACGCGCAGUUGGACAAAAUGGGCUACAACAUCGGCUUGCGUCUCAUCGAUGAGUUCCUGGCCAAGAGUGGUGUCACUGCCUGUCAAGACUUCCGUGAGACAGCGGAGGUGGUCGCCAAGGUCGGCCUGCGGAUGUUUCUGGGAGUGGGUGCGGAGGUCGUCAUGUGGAACAAGGAGAUGACGGCCUGCUCCCUGGUCCUAGCAGAGAACCCCUUGGCCGAGUACGUGGAACUGCCGGCGAACUUGGUGAACAAGCUCUGGUACUCGAACUUGCUCUGUGGCGUCAUCCGCGGCUGUCUCGAGCAGCUGCAGCUGCGGGUGGAGUGCCGCUUCGAGAAGGAUGCGUUGCAAGGCGACGACCAAACCAUGAUCCGGAUGGAGCUGAAGGAGGUGCUCCACGAGGAGUACGACGAUGACGACUGA